ACAACAACAAAAGGAGCAACGCGACAGGAGUCCCUUUUCUUGGAGAGAAGUGAGCGAGUCAACUUAAGUGUUCGAUCGCUCCCCAGAUUCAUUGACCAUUGUCCUCAUCCAUUGGUCAUCUUAUAUAUCAACAAUACUCUUUUCUAUUUCAGCCUACCGUCUCGGUAUAGCAUCUUUUCACAAUGGCGCCGACCUACGCUGGCCUGUCGGGCAGGAAACUGUCCCUGGCCGUCUCGACGAUUGCGACGAUGGGUUUCUUGCUGUUCGGUUAUGAUCAGGGUGUCAUGUCCGGUAUUAUCAGCGAUACCGCUUUCGAAGACCUCUUUACCGCGACCAAGAACAAUUCAACCAUGCAAGCCUUGGUUACAUCCGUUUAUGAGUUAGGUUGUCUUGUGGGUGCCAUGUUCGCUCUCUUCUUCGGUGACAAGACUGGACGUAAAUGGAUGAUCUUCUCGGGUGCCAUUGUCAUGAUUAUCGGUGUCGUCAUCCAGGUUACCUCGUAUGCCGGACACAUCCCGCUUCUGCAGUUCUUCAUUGGUCGUGUCAUCACCGGUAUCGGUAACGGCAUGAACACCUCGACUAUCCCGACCUACCAGGCCGAGUGCUCCAAGACCAGCAACCGUGGUCUGCUCAUCUGUAUUGAGGGUGGUAUCAUCGCCAUCGGAACUGCGAUUGCCUACUGGAUUGACUAUGGUGCCCACUUCGGUAACAAGGACCUGGUGUGGCGUUUCCCCAUUGCCUUCCAGAUCUUCUUUGGUCUCAUCAUCAUCGUCGGCAUGUGGUUCCUUCCCGACUCUCCCCGUUACCUCAUCUCCAAGGACCGCGUCCAGGAGGGUGAGUACGUGCUUGCUGCCUUGGGUGGCUGGGAGAUCCAUGACCACGAGACCCAGCUCCAGAAGCAGCUGGUCAUUGACUCCAUUAGAGCUUCGAACGCCGCUGGCAAGGAUGUCGGAUACCGUGACCUUCUCACUGGUGGCCGCUCCCAGCACUUCCGUCGUAUGGUUAUCGGUUCCUCCUCGCAGAUCUUCCAGCAACUCGGUGGUUGCAACGCUGUCAUCUACUAUCUCCCUGUGCUGCUCCAGGACUCCCUUCACGAGACUGAGAACUUCUCCCUGGUCAUUGGUGGUGUCAACAUGAUUGUUUACGCUAUCUUUGCCACUUUCUCCUGGUUCUUCAUUGAAAAGAUCGGUCGUCGCAAGCUCUUCCUGGGUGGAUCUUUCCUUCAGUGCAUUGCCAUGGUUAUCACCUUUGCCUGUUUGAUCCCUGGUGACCAGCAGACUGCCAAGGGUGCUGUCUUCGGUCUGUUCCUUUACAUGGCCGCUUUCGGUGCCGCUUGGUUGCCUCUGCCCUGGUUGUACCCUGCUGAGCUGUCCCCCAUCAAGACCCGUGCCAAGGCCAACGCUGUCUCGACCUGCAGCAACUGGCUCUUCAACUUCCUGAUUGUCAUGAUCACCCCCGUCAUGGUCUCCCACAUCGGCUGGGGUACCUACCUGUUCUUCGCCGUUCUUAACGGCCUGUUCAUCCCCUUCAUCUGGUUCUUCUACCCUGAGACCGCCAACCGCAGUCUGGAGGAGAUCGAUAUCAUCUUCGCCAAGGGUUACACUGAGAACAUCAGCUACGUGCGCGCUGCCCACGAGCUGCCCAAGCUCACCGACGACGAAGUCGAGCAGAAGGCCAUUGAGUACGGCUUCGGAGGUGCCAGCGACGAGGAGAAGGUUACCCACGCCGAGGUCUCGGGCUCCAACAGCGCCCGCGAGUCGGAGUAAACGGUGAAGCAUGGAAAUUUUUUUUUUGCAUGGUCAUGAAUAUAAAAUGUUGGAAGCAUUUUCACGCUUUUUGAUACCUGCUACGCGAUUUUAGAGCAUAGCCGGCCUCCCUGAGACCACGGUCUAGGGAGUUCUAAUCGUUAUUAUUCCCCCCUGUC